AUGGGUCUUCGAUCACGCGCUCAAUUCCAUAUUGUUCUCGAUUUUCCAGACCGUGCAGAAAGGAGAUGCGCGAACGGACGGACCAGAUUGAUCGGACGUACCGGGCGGGGGUUGAGUUCUUGUGGCGCUUUCAGCGGCAGAGACGUUAAUGAUUCGAAGAGCGCAAGGUGGCACCAACUCUCGAGCAGCUCGAUCGAUCGAUCGAUCGAUCGGAUCGCAUUCGAUCGCAGCAGCAACAACUUCGCGCCUGCGCAUGUGGUGGCGACGCAGCUCGAGGAAUAUCGUUAGUCGCUUUCCGUCCGAAUCGGCAUCUUCUUCCUGCCCUCCCUCUUUCUUUCUCGUGGUGUCCGUUACCCGACCCCUAUCCUAUCCGGAGUUUUAUUUCUUCCACCAUCCUCGCCGGGGGUGACGAUUUUCCCCUUCUCAUGCAGGUGACGUAAAUCCUCCUUCUUGAUUCCGACGCACGAGGUUGUGAAUUUCGCCCUCGUAGCAAUCACAUCUUAUUGACGAUGGCCUAGGGGUUUUUAAUGCCACGCUAGCACUAGGAACACCGAUGCGGGGAUAGCUUCCCUUUUAGAGCAUGAGCAGGGAUCUGCCUGUUCAUUUUCUCUGCACUUUUGGGGGAUAUCUUCCUCUACGUUUGGUCGAUUUGUAGGGUAAACUUCCUAAAGCUACAUGUCAUGAAGGCUUGCCGAGACGGACGAUGGGUGCAAGGUGAGCUUGUUUUAAAGUUCCGUGGUCGGUUGGUUAGUUGAGUCGGGAAUGGGAGGGAGUUUGCUACCAAGCGUGGUCGGUGUUACCAUCAUUGCUGGCGACUCUCCCAGAUCGUCCUUGGAUCCGGAUGUCCAAGAAAUCACCCUCCAUGAUGGAAUUUCCGAGGAGUCUAGGGGUCGAUGUGUGAGAGUGUCCGGAUCAUCAUGAGUCUUCAAAAAAUUCUGCCCGGUAAACUCACCUCGAGGGACUUUUCUGCUCACAGCACAUGAUGUGAGCCGAAAGGUGGUCGGGCGACUCGAUACGUCAAGGUCUCCUGAACUGCGCUCGAACUUGACUCCUGCAAAGACACAUUUCACCCAAGGUUGGUGCGAUUGUGCUCCAGCUCUUUGCUGCAGGACGUGUCGCUACAACAAGCCUCUUAUUGCAGAUGCUAUCAAAGACCUUCCGCAAGGUGCCCCAUUACUUGCACUCUGGUUCUCUCUGCUUCGCAGACUUGUGUUUUGUCCACAUCAGCCACUUCUAGAAGAGUGCGCGAUUUCGAUUUCGAAGAGAGCCGUUCCAACCAAAUGUGAACUUUCGCAUAAGAAAACUACAUCCGUCACGAGCUGUUUGGGUUCAUCGAUAAGAACACGUGUCCGACAUGGACCAUGGUUAAGAACCUGAGGUGCUGGAGUGACGGGUAUGGAGCUGAUACGAAUGAAGGAAAAAGGGUCCGGCAUUGAGCCGGUCGUGGAGCAUGGAACAGGGCGAGAGGUAGACCGGCAACGCGGAGGUGAGAGUAACAGAUGUCGAUGGCGACCUACAGCCUUCGGCCGUGAAGCAGAGCUGUGAAGCCAACAGUCAAAUGUCUAGUGGCUGUGUCUCGUCUCGUCUGCUUGGAUGCGCCCAUCUUACAAUACGGAAGCAAAUGUCGGCAGCUGCAAUUUAUAAGACCAACGAAAGUAUCCAUCCCGGUUGCUGUGCAUGACUUCGAAUCAAAUUUUAGCGCGUGAAAAUCAGUCGCCUCUUCCUUAUUGGGCUGGCGACGGUUGUCUAUUGAGGAGCUCGGCUACCUUGUGUCAAGGCAAAAAUCAAACCUCCUGUCAGAUCCUCAGGACAGUGCUGCUGGUGAUGACUCUGACGAGGGAGCGCCCCAACUCAAGGGUAUAAGAUCUUUCACUCCCUAGCGUAACGAAGGUUCUUCCGAAAGGGAAAAUGUUCCUGCAGAUUAUUGCCAUUGCUCUGCAUUGUCUGCAAUGUGGAGGAUUGUCCAGAUCUGACCUCUGCAACUGGGCUAUCAAAUUUGCCAAAUUCGGUGGGAGAUGAGGCUGGCAGUCCCAUUUGACUUGUCAAAGUUUGACAGUGCAUUGAUCGAAUGAUUGAUGUCGCCCCAAGAGGUACACUCGUCCGUGCAGCUUUGGCUCGCAAGAGUUGAUCACUCCAUGCAUGGGGCCCAGAAGCUCCUGCUGUUGCGAGUUGUCUCCCGAACGGGUUGUCGAAGGUGGGCACUGGUCGUCUUCUCCUCGAAGCUGAACUGGCCAAGAACUGAUGCCUUCAAGAUGGCUCGCAAUCCCAUGGGAAGUAGUGACAACGGGUACGAAAAGGAGUUGUAGUCUGAGUAAGACAUGACAAAAGGGAAGCAAUUCAAACGUUGGAGCUUUAUCCUAUGAGAGUAAGCCUCCCCUCCUUCCUCUAACGGGUUGAAAAGUUUGUACCUACAUUUUUUUUCUUCGAAGUUUUAGAUAUGUUGACAUAGUUUAGAAUACGGACACAAUUGAGAGUUUUGAAGUCGGUGUACGGCAAUGGUGGUUUGGCUUUCGGUUUUUGAAGUGUAUUGUGGUUCUAAAAAUUAUGCUUUUGGAUUUGUCAAAGUGUACUGCAAUCGUGUUUAGCG